AUGGCGUCAGCAACCAGCUUCUACGACUUUAAGCCCUUGGACAAGCGCGGCCAAGAGGUCCCUCUCGCCGACUACAAGGGCAAGGUCGUCCUCGUCGUCAACACCGCCUCCAAGUGCGGCUUCACGCCCCAGUACGCCGGCCUCGAGAAGCUCUACAAGGACAUCAAGGAGAAGCACGGCGAUGACUUUGUCGUCCUCGGCUUCCCCUGCAACCAAUUCGGUGGCCAGGAGCCCGGCAACGACGACGACAUCCAGAACUUCUGCCAGGUCAACUACGGCGUCUCGUUCCCCAUCAUGCAGAAGACCGACGUCAACGGCGACAACGCGAACCCCCUGUUCCAGUGGCUCAAGGAGGAGAAGCCCGGCAUCAUGGGCCUCAAGCGCAUCAAGUGGAACUUUGAGAAGUUCCUGAUUGGCCGUGACGGAAAGGUCAAGGGCCGCUGGGCUAGCACGACCAAGCCCGAGAGCCUCGAGAAGCCCAUUCUCGAAGAGCUGGAGAAGAAAUAA